CAAUUCUCACUCCUCUUUCUCUUUCCGCUACGGCGGUCUCUCCUUAAACCCUAAAAAAAAAACUCAGCUCUUCAAUCAGGGCAAGUAUCGCCGCUCUCUCAGUUUUAGGUUUCUUAUUGAUUCAGGGUUCAGAGGUAAUAUACAAAAUGGUGAUGAAGAAGGAGAAGAAAGUGAAUAUUUCAGGGAAACCGAAACAUUCACUGGAUGUUAAUCGUAGUGAUGGCAAAAGUGGUACUAGAACUGCUGCUACUGUGCGGCGGCUCAAGAUGUAUAAUACCAGACCAAAACGUAAUGCUAAGGGAAAGAUUUUAAAGCAUGAUUUGCAAGAACCAACUCUUCCUAAUACACGGAUUCAACCUGAUCGACGUUGGUUUGGAAAUACUAGAGUUGUGGAUCAGAAGGCGCUGAAGCAUUUUCGAGAUGAACUUCAUAACAAAUUAUCCAGUAACUAUAAUGUUAUCUUGAAGGAAAGGAUGUUGCCCAUGUCCCUUUUACAAGAUCAUCAAAAGCAAGCCAAGGCUCAUCUUUUGGAUGUUGAGCCAUUCAAAGAUGCAUUUGGACCUCAAAGGAAAAGGAAGCGUCCAAAGCUCUUGGCAGUUGAUUAUGAAUCUCUACUUAAAAGGGCUGAUGGUUCUCAAGAUGCAUUUGAGGAAAAGGCUGCUGCUGCUCCAUCUGUAGAAGGGACUGAAGCAGAUGGUUUAAGAGACCUGGUUAGACAUACCAUGUUUGAGAAGGGCCAAAGCAAACGUAUUUGGGGUGAACUCUACAAAGUCAUAGACUCUUCAGAUGUUGUUGUGCAGGUAUUGGAUGCUAGGGAUCCAAAUGGUACACGCUGCUAUCAUCUAGAAAGGCACUUGAGAGAGCACUGUAAGCAUAAGCACAUGGUGUUUUUGCUAAACAAGUGUGAUCUGGUGCCAGCGUGGGCUACAAAGGGUUGGCUUCGUGUGUUAUCAAAAGAUUAUCCUACUCUGGCUUUUCAUGCUAGCAUAAAUAAAUCUUUUGGGAAGGGAUCUCUGCUAUCAGUAUUGAGGCAGUUCGCCCGCCUAAAAAGUGACAAGCAAGCUAUAUCUGUGGGAUUUGUUGGAUACCCAAAUGUUGGCAAAUCAUCAGUCAUCAAUACCUUACGGACCAAAUCUGUGUGCAAGGUUGCUCCAGUACCUGGAGAAACUAAAGUCUGGCAGUACAUAACACUUACGAAACGGAUUUUCUUGAUUGAUUGCCCUGGAGUUGUUUAUCAAAAUAGUGAUACUGAAACUGAUAUUGUUCUUAAGGGUGUAGUACGUGUUACAAACCUGGAGGAUGCAACUGAGCAUAUUGGAGAAGUUUUGAAACGUGUGAAGAAAGAACAUUUAGAAAGAGCUUAUAAGAUAAAGAACUGGGUGGAUCAGGAGGAUUUCCUUAUUCAGCUUUGCAGAAUAUCCGGGAAACUUCUAAAGGGUGGUGAGCCAGACAUGGCUUGUGUAGCAAAGAUGGUCCUACAUGAUUGGCAGAGAGGGCGAAUUCCCUUUUUUGUCCCCCCACCGAAGGUAGAAAAUGCUAGUGAACAAGCCUCUACAUCCAGUGCUAAUGAUGAAGCUGCGGUAGACAAUGAUCGUGCAUCAGCAGCUUUGCGAGCUAUUGCAAAUGUUGUUUCAUCACAGCAACUAAAAUCCGUCCCCGUUCAGAGAGAUCUCUUUGACCAGAAAGAGUUGGAGGGUGAUGAUCCUGAGCAGCAAGGUUCAGACCAAGAGUUGGGUAGUGAAUCUGAUCCAGAAGCGGGGCAGGAAUCUGACGAAGAAUCUGAGAAGGAUUCUGGUAAGGAACCUGAGGAGGAGCUGGAGAAGCCUACUGAAUCUUCCAAAUAAUAGUUUUAGUUUGUUAUUUCAAGUUGUCUUUAAUUUAGAGAACCUAAAAAACAGAGAAUCUAGAAAAGCUGUUAAUCUUGUGUUUAUCCUUUCUCGCAACUACAAAUUUUUUAUUAUUUGAGUCUUCAGUUUAGAGAACCCCAAAAAGCAGAGAUUUUAGGAAAUCUUUAAUCGGUGUAUCUGAGCCUCUGUAAUAAGUAUUUUGUUUAUCCUUUGCUCAUAUACUUCAAAUUUACAGUCGGAUAACUUCACUACUGCUA